UUUCUCCCCCCCCCCCCUUCUGUCAAGCCGCUGUCGCUGACAAGGUUGUGCCCGUUCAGUGAUCCUCGGAGCUCUACACUGAUAUCAUCAACCAUGCUUUUGUGCAGGAGCGCCUGGCAGAGACUGGUCCCCCUCACCCAGCGGGCCACCACCGCCACCCUACUCCGCAAUGCACCUGUUCGUCAGAUGUCAGCGGGCAGUGUGCCAGGCUCUUCUGGUGAAGCUCUGCCUUACUACCUGUUCGUUGCUGUAUCUUUAGCUGGUGGAGUAGCAUAUGCAUACCAUACUGUCUCCAGAGACAGAGCCCGCUCUCAUGACCGCCAUGAAUACAUUGAAACGCAACUGAAACCCAAGCUAGGCUCAAUUGGAGAUGACAGUGUGACAGUGGAAACCGGAGAAGUCUCUGAAAUAACAGUGGAGGCUGUUGAAGCAGUCAUAGAGGAAGCUAUAUUGGAAGAGGUCACUGAGGCCACUACGUCUAUGGUGCAAGAGCAACCUGUAACUGAAGAGGAGGCCUCCUUGUCAACGUCAGAGGAGGAGCUAGCAGUGAACGCAGAGGUCUCACCAGAGCAAGGUGUGACCGUGGAAACCGGAGAAGUCUCUGAAACAACAGUGAAGGUUGUUGAAGCAGCCAUAGAGGAAGCCAUAGCAGAAGAGGUCACUGAACAGGAAGCUGCCCCCACUACAUCUGUGGUGCAAAAGCAACCUGUUACUGAAGAGGAGGCCUCCUUGUCACCUUCAGAGGAGGAGCCAGCCGUGAACGCAGAGGCUUCUACAGAGCAAGGUGUGACAGUGGAAACUGGGAAAGUCUCUGAAACAACAGUGGAGGUUGUUGAAGCAGUCUUAGAGGAAGCCAUAGCAGAAGAGGUCACUGAACAGGAAGCUGGUCCCACUGCGACUAUGGUGCAAGAGCAACCUACUUUUGAAGAGGAGGCCUCCUUGUCACCUUCAGAGGAGGAGCCAGCAGUGAACGCAGAGGCUUCUAUAGAGCAAGGUGCGACGGUGGAAACCGAGGAAGUCUCAGAAAUAACUGUGGAGGCUGUUGAAGGAGUCAUAGAAGAAGCUGUAGCAGAAGAGGUCACUGAACAGGAAGCUGUCCCCACUACAUCUCUGGAGAAAGAGCAACCUGUUGCUGAGGAAGAGGCCACCUUGUCGCCUUCAGAGGAGGAACCAGCAGUGAGCGCAGUUGCCUCUACAGAGCAAGCAGAACAAAAAAAUGCUGAACCUGUAGCAGAGGCCGUAGCUGUAGAGACCUCUCCUGUGCUUGAAGCAAGUUCAGACAACAUCCCGGAGGAGCUGAGCUCAGCAGCAGAAGACUGGUCAGAGCUCUCAGCUAGAAAACCAGAAGAGUCAGUUGAGAUUUCAGAUGCAGCACAAGAGAGUGAAGAGGCUAUAGAAUCUGAAGUUGCUGCAAGUUCCUAAAGACUGGAGAAAUCGUUCCACACAAAAACAGUAUAGUUCCUGAAAUUCAGAAUUUCCAAAUCCCAGAUACAUCAAGAUCACAAUCCCGAACCCAUCGUACAGUGCUGGCUGGUUGUUUCCUGUGAUGUCACUGUUCACUUCCAUUGGAAUCACUGGUGUUAUACUAUAGUAGUUCUGUCUUUCUUAUAUAUUGUUACUUGUAUUGCUGGAAGAGAGGUUAAGGGUGAUGUGGUACUAGUUUGUAAAAUAUAUAACAUGUUUUUACUGGUAAAGUAUUGAAUUAUUUUUGAUACCUUAAAAGAAAUAAGUCCGUUUU